CACUUAGUUGAGAAUAGUCGUUAAAAAAUCAUGAGUCAGGUCUUGAGACCUUAAGAAUAAGACUUGAUACAUACCAUGCUCCUUGAAAAAGGAUUUUUGGCUACUGGCUUGCAAGCUUUAAUGUCGAUACAUGGUUGCCUAGGCAUCGAGACUUGCCUGAUAAAUCCCGAUACCAUACCCCUCUAGAAAGUCAUUUUAGCUAUUAUUUGGGAGGUAUCGAUAGUAGUUUUGACAAUUAUGUAAAGCUCAUUUGCGCCCCUUACAUUUUGAACUCAGCCGUAAAAUUUAUGUGUUAAGACCAAUUUUUUAAAAACCGAAACGGUAGUCAAAUCAAUAUUAAAACUAUAUGUACUUAAUUGAAACAAAAAAGCUCAAAUACCAAAUUAAAUAUUAAAACUAAAUUUUUAUAAGGGAAAAAAAUUAAGAAAACUUAGGUACCAAAUUGAAUAUUAAAUCCAAACUCAUGCCCCAAAUAGUAUAUUAAAAAAAAAAAUCAACCAUUGAAUGAGUAUGUGUCAUCCCUUUCUUACUCUUUAAUGGAUUACAAUUUUUCUUAUUUUAUGUCAAAUCUGAAGUUCAAAACAUUCCAAUAUUAGACAAAGUCUAUUCCUUGGGAACUUGCCUGUUUAAAGCAUUGCAAUUUGAGAUGGUUUUUUGCUUCCCAUCUACACCUAAGAAGCUGGCAAUGACUGUGGGGUGCUUCAUUGCUGGUGCAGGCCUUUUUGUUGUUGGUACGUAUCUCUCCUAUGUAAACGUUGCUCCUCAGCAAGCUCGAACUAAAGCACGAAAUGACUUUGUUAAGGAACGGUUAAGAAAGAAAUAUGGCAAACCAUAGAAUUGCAUUGCACAGUUGCUUCAUCCUUGGUUUUUACUCACAUUCUCUGCUCUCAUUUAAUGUUUUUAUGGUAAUAAGAUUUCGUAUUAGAAUGUUACUUUGACUUUGGUUUUAUGGUAAUAACAAUUCUCUUUGUUGAUUUGGUUA